AUGCUGAGAAGAAAUUCCCAUGGUAGCAAUGCUUUCGUGUUUCUUCUGAACAACAAAAGCAUAAUCUGUGAAUCUGUUGUCCCUGGCUGCAGAGAACACAGAACAGACCACACACCGCCAGCUUGCUGGAACUAUCGCUGUAAACCACUUGACAAACUGCCAGUUUUCCUUUUGAAACAAGGUUAUCACAGAGAGCUGUUUGAAAAUGCAUUGGAAGACCACUCAAGAGAACAAGUCUCGGGUCUGCUACUUCUCUCUCCCAGCUAUAUUUUUCACGUAGUAGAGUCUUGCAGUAGCACAAUCCAUCUCAUCGUCCAAGAUUUAGCUUCUCUCCAAAAUCAAGGUCACAGGAUGGAAUUCACUCUCUUUCCACUCAGUGCUUUACUCCAGGAAAUUAAAGUUUUAGUGGUGGCACAUAACAUCCCCAGCAGACUGUUCCCAGACUGGUACGUGGCAACAGCAGCGUCUCCCAUGACGUGUCCGCAAGGCUUGAUGCAGUCGCAGUCUACAGUGGAGGUGGUCGCAGAAUGCCUUACCCUCCUACUCAAAGUGGCAGCCUGCAUUCAAAAUUUGGAGGAAGACAGCGAGAAUACGAAUGAGACCGUACACACUCUUGCACCCGAGCUGCUAAUCCCGGCAGAGACAAUUAACUAUUUGUAUAAUGCUGAAGAAUGUGCAAGUCCAGAAGAUUUUCUGAGAAUUUAUUUAAGUCCUUCACAGCCUACCCUGGAUUCAGAAAGCGUAUGGCCUGUCCCAGCUCAUUUCUCGGCAUGAUACGGGCUGUAUC